AGCUACUCGAGAGUACACAUAGUAUGCCUCCGUCGCCGCAUAUUACGAUCGAGCAAGAAGUGGAUGCGCCCGAGCGUCCCUCGCUUGCCCCUCACCUGUGAGUACAAGGAAGAAAUAUCACGUAUAAGCCAAAAACUUCGCGCUUUUACCCCGCGACAAUUUUAGCUAUCGUAUAGUUGUGUGUGUCUAAGACAUGAAACACAUUAUCCAGGUCCGCGCCGCCAACCGUGCCUCAUUUCUCAAGUCCUAUGAGACAUCACAGAAGGACGCCUUCUCAACACCGCGAAGUCAAGGAAACUCUCAACGCCAAAACCGAGUAUACGAACGACGAAACAGAUGGAAGGUCGCAACAGGCCAUCAACCAGUACACCAUCCGAGAAGAAAUCGGCAGGGGUUCAUACGGUGCUGUUCACCUUGCUACAGACCAAUUCGGAAACGAAUAUGCUCUCAAAGAGUUUUCAAAGUUGCGCCUACGAAAACGAGCCCAGUCAAAUAUCUUGAGACGUCCUGAGGGCAGACCGCAUUCGCUCGGUCCCGGACGAGGUCUAUGGAGUGCUCACAAGAAACAGCUUAGUCAUCACCAAAUCGAAGAGGCGAAAGACGCACUCUAUCUAAUACGAGAGGAAAUUGCUAUCAUGAAGAAGCUCAACCACCCCAACUUGGUACAACUAAUUGAAGUGCUAGACGACCCCGAAAAUGACUCCUUAUACAUGGUUUUAGAAAUGUGUAAGAAGGGCGUCGUCAUGAAGGUUGGAUUGGAUGAGCAAGCAGACCCCUAUGACGAUGAGCGUUGUCGCUACUGGUUCCGCGACCUCAUCCUAGGUAUCGAGUAUCUACAUGCUCAGGGGGUUGUACAUCGAGAUAUCAAACCCGACAAUCUUUUACUUACGGAAGACGACGUACUGAAAAUUGUUGACUUUGGAGUAUCCGAAAUGUUCGAAAAGCCCGACGCCAUGAUGACCAGCAAAUCUGCAGGAUCGCCCGCCUUCCUACCACCUGAAUUAUGCCAAGCCAGACAUGGCGAUGUCUCUGGAAAAGCGGCGGACGUCUGGUCCAUGGGGGUUUCAUUAUACUGCCUCAAAUAUGGUAGGCUACCUUUCAGACGAGACAAUGUGCUGGAGAUGUAUGAGGCAAUCCGAACCGAAGAACUCAGAAUACCCGUCGAAAACGAAGACAAGAAUUUUGUGGAUCUUAUCACCAGGAUAUUGGACAAGAAUGAGGAAACGAGAAUUACCCUACGAGAAAUAAGGAAUCACCCCUGGGUCACGAAAGACGGAACGGAUCCGCUGCUCUCGGAGGAAGAAAAUUGCUCGGAUGGAGUUGAUCCGCCGAAUGCGCUCGAAGUUAACCACGCUUUCACACGGAAGAUGGACCACUUAAUCUGCGUGUUGAAAGCAAUUCAUCGAUUUAAAGGUCUCAUUUCCAAGAGCCAAAAUGGAACACCUGAGAUCAGGACACCUCGGACACCCCAUGCACCAGAACUCGCACAGAAGGAGGUUAUCCCAGAAGACGUAGAAAUACCUGUUACAUCAACCCCCGAUUCAGAAAUCACCUUACAACCCACACGCCAAAUGUCGAUAGCGGAGGAGGCAGCUGAACUCGUCAAGCAACGCAGAGCUUAUCUCGCAGCUCAGCACGCCUCAACGCACCCACCCGCAUUCCCUGAAACGGGUGAAAAGGGACAUGCCCAUGACCUGACAGAUAAACCAACGCUUCUCCUAGGCAUUGGCACGGGUGGUCAUGACGAUUUCGCUAGCUCAGAGCCAGCCGACGUCGUGUCUGACUCGCCCACCGGUAUCGAUUUUGACGUCUAUGACCGCGCUUUCGAGACAGAAAUCAAGCGCAUCCGUUCUGAUAGGAAGAAGAACCGUGCCAGGACCUAUCUCACAAAGCACGUUGGGGAACAGGAAAAGGACAAGUAUGCUAGCGAUGAAAAUAUGGUGGUAGAAGGGGAGAAGUCGAUACUAUCAGAUGCGUACUCACGGGGCUCAUCAGCUCUGGAAAGAGGGCUAAAUCGUGUAUAUGAGGCGAGGGGGCGACUAAAUCACGACCAUGAUGAGACAGGAGAAGAUAAGGAAGGAAGUCAGGACGGCGUCAGGACAACAGUCGAGGCGGCCAAGGAAAAGGGACAUCGGUUCGCGAAUCUAGUCGCGGCCAUGACGAAGGACCUGAAGGAGAAGAACACGUCCAAGAACGAUGCUGAGUGAGCAUUCCGAGCCCUCCGGAAUAACUUGGGUAUCGUGGAAAGAGAUGAGGGAGUAAAGAGGGUAAAGGAGG